AUGAGCAUUUCUCAGCUUCUUUCUUCUUAUGUUGAUGCAGUGCAAUUCGAUCCCCUUGCCUUUGGUGGGGUGUCGCUGCAGCAGCAAGUGCAGCAGCAGCUGCUGCAGCAGCAGCAGGGCAGCACCCCCCUACAAAAGUAUAUAACAGGAGCAGAUGCAGCAGGCAACAGCGCCUCGUUGCUGCUCGACUACACCAGCAGCAUCUACCAGCUCCUCAGUGCUCUCGUCAAGGCCACGGAUGCAAAGACAAAGGGGACAGACAGCACGACGAACGCGAAGCAGCAAAUUGCUGCCUUGAUAAGAGAGCCCCGGAUUGUUGCUGCACUGAACCUCUUCCGCCCUCCAGAGACGAAUCAAGCUUGCUGCGACAGCUGGAUGGAGGAGCUGCUGACGGGGCUGCUAGAGUCGGACACGAAAGACCAGCAGCAGCCACAGCAACUGCAGCAGCAGCAGCUGCUGCUGCAGCAGUAUCAGCAGCAGCAACUGCAGCAGGAGAUGAAGCUGCAGCAGCAGCAGCAGCAGCAGCAGCUGCAGCAGCAACUGCAGCAGCAACUGCAGCAGCAAGGCUGCAACUGCUGUUCCCGUCGGGAUCAGUCUGUAUUUAUUAUACAUCUCAUCGGCUGCCACCUACCAGCAGCAGCAGCAGCAGCGGCAGCAGCAGCAGCAGCAGCAGCAGCAGCAGCAGCAGCAGCAGCAGCAACUUAUGAGGGAGGCACAGCAACUCUCAAAGAAAUGCUGGAAAGGCCCCCGGGGGGCCCCCGCGGGUCCUUCUAA